AUGCUUUGUCGCACUCUCAAAAACCAUUGUCUUGAUCAUGCUCGUUUGGUAGCCGCUGCUGGGUACAAUACCAGCAUCUACCUCGCCACAGCGCUCCCUGCUCUCGCAAAAAUGCGACCCCCUGAACAAUCGCCUGGCGCCGCACCUGAGCUGACUCUGCAGCCGCCUCCCGUUCACGGUCUUGCUGCGCGAACUGGUGAAGGACAGACGCGGGGACCGAGGGCUGGGACAAAUGCGCCGGUGCCACUUGAGGCUGCUGUGGCCUCGACUCGACCAUUCGUGCUGGGGCUGAAGGGACUAUUGCUAAGAGAUUGGUUAGCCGCCUUGACGCCGAAAUGA